UUUGACUUUUUCUCAUAGGGAGAAAGUUGUUCUCACGCCGUUAUUCACUUUUAAGAACCUUUAAGAGCCACGGUGAUGCAAAAGGAGACCCUUUAAUGGAUUACGUUUUACAGAAUUCUCUCCGAGAGCAUCCGGUCCUGAAGAAGCUAAGGAUGCGGACUCUCCAGGAUCGAAUGUGUGUGAUGUUGGUGGCUUGUGAACAGGCUCAAUUCUUUGGCAAUCUGGCAAAGCUUAUUAAAGCAAAGAAGGUGCUUGAACUAGGUGUCUACACUGGAUAUAACAGCUUAAACAUGGCACUUGCAAUACCGGAUGAUGGGAAAGUCAUCGCCUGUGAUAUCAACCUGGAGUACGCCAAUAUUGGAAUACCAUACUGGAGGGAGGCUGGGAUGGAGCAUAAAAUUGACCUUCGGAUUAAACCAGCAACUGAAACACUAGAUGAGCUUCUAGAAGCUGGAGAAGCGGAAUCUUUUGACUUUGCCUUCAUAGAUGCUGACAAGCUGAAUUAUGGCAUUUAUUACGAGAAAUGUUUGCAACUUAUCCGCAAAGGAGGAAUAAUAGCAGUUGACAAUGUACUAUGGAGUGGGUCAGUGCUGAAUCCAAGAAAUGACGCUGACACACUGAGCAUUGUCAAACUCAAUGAGAAGAUUUACAGAGACAGCAGAGUCAAUAUGAGCAUGCUCACCAUUGGCGAUGGAGUCACCUUAGUCUUCAAGUUGUAGGAAGGCCAACUCCAGUAACAGCACAUUGCAACUGUUCUUUCAGCCCUUCUUCAGCAAGUGCAACAUAAAAUAAUGGAUCGUCUUCUCGUCCUUCAUGGCAUUUAUAUUCUUUCUUCCCCUCUUAACGUUUCUCCCCUCCCAUUUUAAAUUCUGCAGCCUUCCAAAAUGAUUUACCAGUCGUGUGCUUAUUCCCCAACCUUUUUAAGCAUCCAAAUCAUGUCUUCAGCGUCGCCUUUACCUUUUUAUUGAAAGGAUCAGUUCCCAUUUGGCCCGGGUAAUAUCCUCCCAGCAUUCAGCCUGUUAAACUCAUUAAGAAUUUUCUAUGUUGCAAUUAGAUCACCUCUUUUUGAAAAUCUAGGGAAUAUAGGGUCUAAUCUACUUAAUCUUUCCUCAUCUUUCCUUAAUCUACUUAAUCUUUCCUCAAAGGACAAGCUUGUUACAACAUUCCAAUCUGAAUUCUAUGGUCACUAAUUGUGUAAGGAUGUCUUGUAUGUCCCUUUAUUGUAUCCUUUUUAAAAAAAAAAGUCAAAAUGCACUACAUCCAAUGGUUGCCCCUUAACAACCCUGUGAGUACACUCACUCAGCCUUAUUUGCACGUUCCCGAUCUUUUGCAAAUGCCUUACUGCUACUGUCUAACACUUAAUUGCAAUUCAAUGGGGAAAUAAUUCGCUAGCUUCUAUAAAUGCACUCUUGUAACGAAUUUGAUCGGUUUGCUAAUUCUUCUUAAAGGAAUCUGAGCUCUGAUUUACUAAUGGACGAAAUGAGCUCAGAAAAUAGCAGCUUCGGAGAUCAUUGUAAAGAUUAAGGAGAUGUAGGAAGUGAGUGAAGGUGCUAGCAUGUCACUUUGACCCUUCAGUUCAGGAACUGGCUUCCAAUCCAACCAGGGAUUUCCUUACAGGCACUGCUUUGGAUCAAAGGCACCUGUCAGAUUUGUUUAAAUUAAGACAUACAUGAAAUUUGAAGAGAGAACUAUUAAAGUCCUCUGUAAUGAAUAUCUAAUUUGUUGCUGCAGCCAUCAUUGAAAUCACUCCAGCAGGUAGUGAGAAGUCGAAAUAAAUUUAUUAGCAUCUCAUUAAAUUAAUCUACUUGCUAGAAUCAACUUCCCCUUUGCAAUUAACUUUUGUCCUAUUGAGAUAAUUGAGAAACGCAAGUGCAUAAAUAAACCUGGAGAGUUUGCUAUUCAGCAUCCAAUCCAGGAGGGUAUGUAGAUUUGGCUGCCUUUAUCUGCACUUCAUGGGACUUGUCUUUAUGUUCACUGUAACCUCUACCAGAGCAGUAUGGAGACUAAGGCAGGAUGGAACCCUGAACCAUUGCUUGAACCAACCAGAGAAUGGCAAGGCACCUGCUUUGGUUUCACGGGUGGCAUUUCAGCCAACAGGCUCAGGCAGCAGUCUGUGUAUCAGAAUUCCACCUUUGUGCAGAGGGCAAGGCAGGUGGCUUUGUGGCUGAGAGGGACACUUUGGCCAAUCUGUCUCACAGUGAGAAAGAGAAGGAUUGGGUGUGGUGGGCAUGGAGGCAGGAGCAGUUUGUAAGCAUAUGUAGCCAGACAAGAUGGAGAGGGGUCAUUGUGUUGAAAAGGCCCUUCAGUGCACUGAGUCUGCACCGACGUGGGAGGAAACACCUGACCUUCAUCCUCCUCCCCAGAAAGUGGGCAGGAAGGAUUGGUAGUUUGAAAGGAUGAGAACGGUGUGAGUCCUCGAGUGCGCAUCAUGCGUGUGAAGCUCAGGCUGCAGGUUAUGAGCCUUAAUGAGGAGCCUGUGUGGUGGCAGCGUGGGGUGGUACCAAAAAGAUGGUGCCACCUGCCCUUGCAGAGCACCAGGCAUGGUUCAGUUUCUUCUGGCACUGCUUGACAUCCUUUUUGUACUGCUCAGUGGCGCUCCCAGGCUGGACAGCUCUGAUGGGAUGGCCUUCUGGCUCAUUCUGCAGGGACAGGAUGGACGUUCCCUCAGUGACUGUGUUCGGCAGCAUCUGCAAGGCAGCACCAGUAAACCUGGGAGCCAUCUUGGUCUCCUGGACAGACAUUUCUGGGCUUCUAAGGGCAACUAUGAUAGACUAAGAAGAGAGCCUUUGCUUGCAGCGAGUGAAGUGCUACCCAGUUGCCCAGUAAAGAUGACGCUAGAGCUUGGAAGGUCCCACCAGGGCUUUUAAAAACAAAAAAAGAGUCUGGCUGACUCACCACAUGCAUAUCAGCCUUGCAUAGAUAACAAGCUGAGGAGCACAUAAUCAUGUGUCAUAACUGGCCCUUGGACAUUAGUGGGCACAGUGCCAUGGAAUACACGCAUAACCACACUUUAACUUUGAAAUGGAAAAUCCUGACCUUAGUUACUUUGAAACGGCUAAAUUUAAAAUCCUAUGAACGUCACAAUUAAUGGAAAUCCAACUCUGAUUCAAACGUCAUAGGUAGACAACCGUGAACGGCUGUAGGAAGGAAAAGUUAAGCCCGAUAAUUAUAAUUGUGCUCACUUUCUCCAAGUAAAUAUCGCAGAUGUAUCCCCUAGGAAACAACAGAGAAUAAAGUAACCAUCACCUCCACUACCGAUGUGCUUAAAAAUACUAACUUGGUCUCAUAAAUAAUUCCGCUAAAACACCACAGCCCUGGCCAUCAGCUCAGGAAACCACUUGCCUUAUUGUGUGUGCUUUAUUUCUUAUUGUGCAUGUGUUUUGCCAAAUACAGCAAGAUAUACACUGAAUGAAAAGUCCACCAAGGCAGAAUUCCUGCUUUAAUCUCUUGAAGCAGAUGACUUCCACAUCCCUUUUCCAGAGAUGUUCAACUACAAUAACUUAGCAAUGAAUCUGAAUUGAUAUGGAUGUUUUAAUACACUUGGUUCAAGAUAUUCGUAUAAAUUAUAUGUUUAUUUCUCUGUUUAAAGUCUCUGGAUUAAUACUUUGCUAGAGGACACUUUAGGAUUAAUUUUUAACUUAACAUUGCAAGUACAAAGCCCAUGGGAUCAGUGGAAGUCUGGUUUAAAUUCCAUCCAAAAUUCAGAGAUUAAAAUUGGGCUGGAUGUAAAACAACUAUUGCACCCAAAAACAAUAAACUUUCCACCCAACCAGUUAAAAUUAUCCAAAUAUUAUGCUGUUGGGUCAUUUUAGCUUCGUGUUGCUAUAUCGCAAAUUUAUUUGGUGAAAAUACUGUGAUUAUUUGCUUCUGAUUGUUAAUCAAUAAUGAUUUGUUCCGCAUGAUGUAAAGUAUAAAUAUCCUUUCCACAUAAUGCUGGAGUUCAGCUAAAGGUGAUGUACUCUUCUGUGAAAAUGGUUAAAAAGAAAAUCAAAUUAAAAAAGUUUGUAUUUUCUGUGGGGAAAUAGGAAGUUGAAAAUAUUUUCAAAAGAUUUUGCCUGGUUUAUGUUGGGAUAAAUCAUUGAGAUGUUUAAUGUACAAAUAUUAAAUCAGCUCUGUGGACAUUGAA